AUGUGGUCGGAUCAGGAUUUCCAGUCGUCGAAUCCCAUUGGAAGACCGUAUCCGUACAACAUCACCUGCGCGCCUGUGGAUUACGCUGCAGGUCAGAAGCCCACCACUUGCAGUCUCGGGUCUUUGCCCGUUUACGCUGUCAACGCUACUACACUGUCCCAAAUCCGAAGUACGAUUUCUUAUGCGCGUGAGAAGAAUAUUAGGCUUGUUGUUACCGGAACAGGCCAUGAUCUUCUCGGUCGCUCUGAUGGGUUUGGUGGUCUGGAGCUCUGGCUUCAUCAAUUCAAGAACGGUAUUAAGUUUCAGAAGACUUACAAAUCUGAGAAUCAGUGCAAAAAGUCACGCUGGAAGGGCAGCGCUAUCAAGAUUGAUGGUAAUUACCAGUGGCGCGAUGUUUACAAGGUAGCUGAGGCGAAUAACGUCAUCGCAGUUGGCGGAGGUUCUCUCGCGCCGGGAGCGAUCGGCGGGUGGGCUUCUGGUGGUGGCCAUGGACCUGCAACGAGAAACUACGGUCUAGGCGCUGAUCAAAUACUUGAGGCAGAAGUGAUGCUGGCUGAUGGGAGAGUCGUCAUCGCUAACCACUGUGAGAACACUGACCUAUUCCGUUCUAUGCGUGGCGGUGGUCCUGGCUAUGGUAUUACUCUGAGCAGCACCAUCAAGGCUCAUCCGAACGUCAAGACUGUCACAGCCCACCAUCUCCAGAUCGCGCCACUGGAGAAGACGAAGAAAAACGCAGAUCUACUCGAUGCUGUUUCUGUUCUGCUGCAGUCGCUUCCUGAUCUCAACGACGCUGGUUUCGCUGGCUACGGUUACUGGUUUCGAAACUUUCAGAAAGUCUUUGUUGGCAACGCCACAUCUGGUUAUUCACACGGCGUCUGGACGAUUGGAAAAUGCCGUGAAGAGGCUGAAGCUGCUUGGGCUCCAGUACGAAAGGCCUUGUCCAGGUUUGAGGACAAGCUCUACAUUAACGAGAGCUGGGCAACUUACGAUGACUACUGGUCAUUCUACCAUGCUGAGUCAGGACUAUAUGAUCCAACCGGGAAUACUUCCAUCUUGACAUCUAGGCUUAUCGACCGCAAGAGCGUCAAGAGCUUCGACAAGGUCCGAGGUGCCGUUGAAGUCAUGAGCGGCAAACCAGAUGAGUUCGGCACAAAUGUCAUUCUUCUCACGUCUGGAGGUCAAGUCUUCAAAGAUGCUUCAGACAAGACAAGCGGCCUAAACCCAGCAUGGCGAAAGUCACAUUAUGUUCUCAUCUCAGGCACGGGUAUUUCUCGUACCUGCAACACUACUGAGCGCAAAGCAGCGAAUGACGAUGUCACGUUUGUCAAGGGUGUCGCGGCGAAGAAGUUGGCUCCUGAUACUGGUGGUUACAUGAAUGAGGGUGAUCGCAAUGAUCCUGAUUGGAAGGAGUCGUUUUAUGGGAGUUUGUAUGGAGAGCAUUUGAAGACGAAGAGGAAGUAUGAUCCUUUUCAUGUUUUUUACUGUCCUACUUGUGUUGGGUCUGAGGAGUGGGUUGAGAGGCCAGAUGGGCCCUUGUGUAGAGUUGCAUAG